UUUACUGUAAAAACAAUGAAUGAAAGAAGCUGGAAAUAAAUCCUUCUCCGGCACUAUUUAACCGGAUAUGACGCCAUAUGUUUUGGGGCGGAGCUUAUCGGCAGAGGAGAGGCCAUUACAGCGUAGCAAUCGCCCUGUAAACAUUUACCGCGAUAGUUUUCCACCACUGCUGUUAUGGUUUAACCACGUACAACAUUUCCUAUCCCCACCAGAGGAGUUGAACUGUAUUUCACCGACUGAGCAGCCAGCGAGCUACUGACCGCGGGAACAAUGUCCAACCGUCUUGCCUUCCAGACCCAGCUGGCCUCCAUCAUGGAAGUCCUGGCUAACGCUGCCGUGGCGGAGAUCUGUAAGCUGGUUGACGAUGAUUAUGCCGUGGUUAGUUUGCAGAUGUCCCAAUGUCAUAGAGAGAACAAAUCCCUGAAGAGGAAACUGCACCUACUUGAACUGAAGAUGGCGAGAGGGAACGCCGAGCGGAGGCUCCGAGAGAGCUCCACGAACAGUACCCGACCGAGGGUGCAGAUAAACUGCGGCGACAGGCGCCGGGAGUCCUCACCGUCCACCGGUGGAGUGUUUGAGCGGCAGAUGGAUAUCACUCUGUGGUCUGACAGAACUGCUACACGCAACACAGUUAGCCAAGCAAACCAUUCUGGCAACAUCCAAAGUAUGUCUCCAGAUUUGGAACUGGUGGAGCCAGAUGCAAUGCUGGUAAAGGAAGAGAAGGUGGAAGCAAACAUGUCUUGCAAUGAAGAAACGGUGGACGUGCCACUUAUAGGAGAUGAUGGAGUGCUGAAAUGUGUCCAUCGUGGAGUUUCUGGAGAGAGACUGAGGCUUGAAGAGCAGGAUACCCAGAUCCAAAUCAGCAGGACCAGGCCUACAGGCAAAAACUGCAACAACAGCAGAGGAGUGGAGAAGGAUGAUGAGCCAGAUGUGGUGCUGGUGAAGGUAGAGGAAGUGGAGCCACUGUCGGAAUCUCAUAACCGAACAGACCUCAGCAUACAGGAGGGGUUGGUGGAGUCGAGCACAGAUGACUACAGAGGAGGGCUGCCAUUUGAUGACACCACGCAAGCCUCCACCAAUCAGCUUUUAGGCCUGCAGGAGUCUGAGGAGGGCUUCUCAGAGUCUGCAGAGCCUCAGUCGACCCCCAUGAUAUCAGAAGAUUCCAGCAGUAAAGUGGCAGUCCAUCAACGGGUACCAGACACCAAGACGUCAGCUAACCCCAACGCACAACCACCAGCAGCGCACAGAUCAAGUAACAGCCUCUCGCUAAGCUCUGAGUACUCUCUGUUUGAAAUCGAGACAUUCUUCACCCGCUGGGCUCCUGAUCAUGACUCUGUGUCCACCCCCAGUGGCCCCUCAUGUUCUUUCAGCAUUGAUGACUCAGUAGAGUUCGACAUAGAGGGAGUAACUAUUGUAGAGGCUGAGCCAUCAGUCUCCCCAGCAGUGAGGAUUAGUGGUGGGCAGAGUUUGUCCCCUGCAGCUGGAUGCUCUACAGUUCACAUCCAGCCCCCUGGGUCACAAGCAGGGACUUCUGUGUCUGUACCUCAGAGGAUCCAGGUUCCAUCUUCCCAGCAUCCAUGGAGCAGAACACCAGCCAUGAUUAAAAGUGCACAGUCAGUGAAACAACAGCAACACAACAAUCCCUCUGCACAGACCACAUUGACCUCCAGCACAGCUGCUGCCGCCAACAGUAACAGUGGUGAUAAAACAAGUGUCUCUGGUAUCACCUCAACCUGCAGGAUAAUGAGCUCCACUGUGGCUUCACAGUCAGCUUUAGCUCUCAGGGGAUCCCCAGCACUGUUGGCAAGCAUUGAUUUAGCAAUUGCUGCACAGCAACGAGCCAGCCUCCUGGGUCACCUCAGUAAAAGCCAGCCAGCCAGUAUUGCCUCCGGCGAGCACCGCAGGAAAGGCUAUGUCUGCCAAGUCUGUGGUAAGUCCUUCUCCGGCUUGUCAAACCUGGAGGCCCACGAGAGAGUCCAUACGGGGGAAAAACCUUUCCGCUGCGACACCUGCGGGAAAUACUUCUCAGAGGCAGGGAACCUGAAAAAGCACCAGAGGGUUCACACCGGGGAGAAACCCUUUAGCUGCGAGCAGUGUGGGAAGAGUUUUGCCUGGAUCUGCAAUCUGCGGACGCACCAGCAGUCUGCCACAGGCUGCGGAUCACAGCUCAGUUGAGCAUAAGGACUCGGCUGAUCUCACACACUCUGCUGAUUUUAGUAGUAUAUCACUCACACACUAACACACACCUUGUAUAUCUAUCUUAGUGAGGACACCCAUUGGCAUAAUCCUUUCCCCUGGACGGCGUGUAAACUGAGAAAUGCAAUACAGUGGGCCAUAGUCUAUUACAUUAUAUUGCAUUUAGCUGACGCUUUUAUCCAAAGCGACUUACAAUAAGUGUACAAUAAUUUUGUACAACCCUGAGGGUAAAAACCAAGAACAACAAGAAUCAAGAAAGUACAAUUUCUUCAAAAAUAAAGCAAAAUAAAGUGCUACUAAAUUGUUAGUUAAAAACAUUUUUAGUUUUCUUUUAUGUUUUUUAUAUAUAUUUUUUUUAAUAUAUUAUAUUUGUGGACUUUGAUGCGGGCCACUUAAAAUGGAUGGCGGGCCGCAGUUGGCCCGCUGGCUGUAGUUCGGACAACCCUGCUCUAAGGUCUCCACUCAAAAUGGUCCUCACAGAGAUAUCUGUACAGGUACACACCCACAGAUACCUGGCCUUUCUUUAGUGUGAAACAGUGGCACAGCAGCAAUAUGUGAAAACGUCUAAUGUUUUGUGUCUUGACCAAAGUAGGUUUUGUUAUUUUUAGAGUCAUGUUGGUUAGGUUGUUUUGGAGUUGUGAGUUGUUCCAGGCACUCACUGCUUCUUUAAUUCAGCUUGAUUUGAAAGACAGCACAUGGAAGAAAAUGGACUUCAGACUGUGGUUGUUGCCCAGUCUUCCUCCAACCUGUUCUUGGGUUGUUCUCAGAAACACAAUUCACACGUAAGUGAAACCACAGUUAAUUGCAGGACUUAAUGCAGAGGUGUGUGAUAAUAUUACAUUACAAUACAUGUUAUUUAGCUGACACUUUUAUUCAAAGCGACUUUCGAUUAGUGCAUUUAACAUCUAUGUGGGGCAAUUCAUGGAAUCAGGACACUUGCCCAAGGACACUUCGGCAUGGAUCUGAGCCGCUUACCUACUGUUUGGAGGAUGUAUGCUCUAUGCUGUCAGCCACAGCUGCCCCAACUGCCCAUGAUAACAACCAUGUUCAGCCUGUUUGACAAAGGAUUGAAUGGAAAGAACAAAUGUUCUGCAUGUGUGGUUUAAACUGUAUGAAGACUUUUAACGGUGCCAGCUUAAGCCAAAAUCUUGUAAUUGUUAAUAUUGAAAUAAAAAUAAAAAUAACAGUUCAAAUUUCACCGUAAUACAUUUUGUUUCUCAAGUGCAACAACCAGUCCCUCUGCAUACAUACGAAUAAUGAUUACAAAAGUAUUGAUAGUUGGAGGCAGGACAGAUGCAUGUGACCAAGAAAUGAUCUGAGCAGUAAAGAUGAAUUCUGUAACUGUUUGGCAGGCAGAACCUCACCUGUUCAGUUUUAAAUCAAUGAAAAUGUAUUUCUAUAGCCCAUAUUCACAAAUCACAGUUUGUCUCAGGAUGUAACAAGUUGUCAUUCUCUGCCCUUUACCCUAAACAAGUAUAGGAAAAA